AUGGUUUCUCUACCUUCAAUUUUGACGUGGAUUGCCUUCUCGCAAACCAUUACUCCCAUAAUCUCUGCGCAGAUUCCUCUCUUACCACAAUCCCAUACGCAAGGGUAUCAAUUCGAUCCUCUCCUUCAUCUGCCAGGAAUAAGUCCCUAUUUCGACGCUGUCGGCUUCGGCCUCAGCCACGAAGCACCACGACACUGCGAAGUAACAGCAGCAUCCUACCUUAUCCGCCACGCAGCCAUCUACGCAAACGACAAAGACUACGAAGACUACAUCGAGCCCUUCCUCUCAAAACUAAACUCCACAUAUUCCACCUCCUCAGGGAAGAAACGGCAAGGAUGGAAAGGUCCAUUAUCAUUCUUCGACAAAUGGCAGAAUCCCAUCAAUGACCCAGACACCCAAUUAGAAAAAAUCACGCCGCAGGGGAUCAAAGAUUCUAAGAAAGUCGGGAAACAUCUCAUGUCGAGAUAUCCGAAACUUGUUCCUACUACUAAGAGGAUAUAUGCGGAUACGAAGAAGAGGACACAAGAUACAGCGAAAGCAUUUGUGAAGGUGUUUCCACAGGAGGUUGAAGUGGUCGAGAUAGAUCUCAAUCGCACCUCAUUCCAUUCCCAGGAUCCACACAAAGCAUGUAAUGCCUUCUCAAAGAAAGCAGGAGACGAUGAAUUCGCAGCGUUCAUGUCGAAAUACACGCCUCCUAUCGUAGCACGUCUGCAGCGCCAUGCACCAGUUGAGUUGAGCAACGGCGAUAUCAUGGGUCUCCAACAACUCUGCGGCUACGAAAGUGCUAUUAACGGCAAGAAGAGCAUGAUCUGUGAUGUAUUCACAGACGAUGAAUGGAUGGCAUAUGAAUAUUGCUGGGACCUGAAAUACUCCCAUAUGGUCGGACACGGGAACGCCCUCUCACCAUACCUAGGCUUCCCAUGGCUAAACACAACAUCUCACCUGAUGUCCAAAUUCCAUAAACCUCGCCACAUUCCGACAUCUAAAUCUGAAUUUCCCAAACCCAACCCCUCAAUCCCCGACGACGACGGCCAGCGCUUCUUCCUCUCCUUCACCCACCGCGAAGUCCCCCCCUUCAUCGCCACCGCCCUCGGUCUCUUCAACAGCUCCAACUCGCACGCGGAAGAAUUCCCCACCGACAGAAUAAACUGGAGUCGAUCCUGGAAGAUGGCCGAACUGAUCCCAUUCCUCGGCCACGUUGGGAUAGAGAAGCUGACAUGUAAUGCUGUAUCGCUGGAUCCGGAGGACGAUCAUGAGUAUAUUCGGAUUAUUGCUAAUAGUGCGCCGAGACCGAUUCCCGGGUGUGAGGGUGGACCCGGGGCGAGUUGUGCGUUUGAUGAGUUUGUGGAGGUUAUUGGGAGGGGGAUGGAGGAGUUUGGGGAUUUUGAUGGGGUUUGUGGUAAUGGUGAGGGGGAGGGAGGGAAGGUCGAGUUAUAG